AUGGAUAGGCAUGCACCUCAACAGCAGCCUCUGCUGCAGCCGCAGCAGCAGGAACAAAAGCAGCACCCGCGCCAGCUGCAACAACAGCAGCCCAACCACCAUCACCGGCAGGAACAACGCCAAACACCACAGCAGCAGCAGCAGCAACACCAUCACCAGCAUCAACAGGAGGAAGCGAACCAGCGCAUAGGGGUGCAUAAAGAGGCAGCAGCCCUCUCCCAGAGAGCAGCGAGUCUGCCGCCCUCCAUCAGGCAGGCAUCACCUCCUGUUUCAGUCCAAAGCAUUCCUAAUCAUAUUCAGCAGCAACAAAACCCGCAACUGCAUCAACUGCAGACACAGCAACUUGUGCAUCAGCAAAUAAGUGGCAGCGGUUAUCCAGUGAGGCCCUCCCAGACGCAGCAGCAGCAACUACUGCUUGCUGAACAGCACCGGCAGCAAAUAGCGGAGUGUCAUAAAGGGGAGCUCAUGGGGACGCCUUAUUUAACUGGAACAUCAGCUGGACCCUCCCGCUAUGCUGAGAUGCUGCGAGGGCCCUCCCCCAGCUACUCUAAUCCCCCCGUAUACCCUUCCUUCCCGCUGUCAGGCGUGACACCUUCAAUACUGCAACAGCAGUGGCAGCACCAGCAACAGCAGCAGUGGCAGCAGCAGCAGUGGUUGCAACAGCAGUGGCAUCAGCAUCAGACGAUGCAGGUGCACCAGCAAACAAGGCCCCUUUAUGCAGCGCCUGCGUUGGCUGAGCCUAAGAAAACGGCCAGUGCGAUGCUGCGUCCGACCCAGCUGCUCCCCAUGAGACUGUUAGGUGACCUCCGGCUGUACGUACCACAUCGCGAGCCCUUUCUAGGUGAAGGCGGAAGCGUGCACAUGUACCUUCUGGGAAAGCAGGUUAAGCAUUCUGUGGCCACGGACGAGGCGGAGGAGUGCACGCGAGACGUGUUGGCACUCAUUGAGGCCCGGGAAGUCCCCGCAGAUAGCACGAUGCCUCUCCUCAUACAUGACGGCCGUGUUGUCUGCGGGGGCCCUGAGGUAUGUCUUCGGUAUUUGUCCAAAAAGCUUGGACAGUACGGCAGCGACCAUCUCAAGGACGCACUGCAAGACAGGCUGCUAAUGGAUCUCAAUACAUGGUUUAAUGUCCAGCAGGCAGCAAUUCAGUCUAUCCUCUCCCCAGAGUCGAUGGCUAAGGACGCCAUCAGCGACUACCUGAAGAGCCGACGCCAUUUCUAUCUGGAGGCCGAAAAGCUCUUGUCGUUUUUCAACAGCAAAUACGCGUGUGCAGUGCAGCCGGGACUCGAGGGCUCGCUGAAGGCCCCCAGCGUUACACUUGAUGCCUCCAUAAGGGGGCCAGUUGUCACCCGUCUGCAGCCAUUCUUUCUUGGGGAGGAGGACUCCCUCGCGGACUAUUUUCUCUUUUCGCUCAUCGACGACGACCAGAGGAUUGCCGAGUGUCUUAUUAGUAGCAGUAGCAGCAGCAGCAGCAGCGAGGGAUCUUCCAACGGGGAUCAGAAGCAACAGCAGCGACAGCAGUCAGACUCCGACACAUCAGUGGAGAUGCAUUAUUUCAACGAAGCUCCUCACCUGCACGCCCUCUACGUGGCUCUGUUGAAUCUGCCCCUUAUACAGGAGGCGUUGCUAUCGAGCGACAGUCAAGAGGCAUCAGCAGAAGCAACACCAGGAACAGCAACGGCAACAGCACAAGAAGAGAGAAUCCCAGAUGCUUCACGACGGACACAGGACCGCAUAGCCCCGUGCGUUGCUACAGAGGCCUCCACUGCUGCGUCUGUUAGCGACUCCCCCCUGCAGCAUCUGCAGCGGCACCAGCUGCUGCAGAUGCAACAAGCCAAGCAGCUGCAACAGCUGGGCCUAACGGGUUCUCUCCUUCAGUGCGGAGAAGGGCCCCAGCCUUACUUCCUGCCAGCCGUGGGGGGCAGCUACUGCCUACCAAGGACUCCUGCAGGUGCUGCAGCGCUGCACACCACGCUGCCCGGGGGAAUCUCAGGGGGGGUCACUGGGGGCCCGUGCGCUUUUACCAGCGGUGCUGGACAUAUGCAACACAUGCUGUCGUCACAGGCUGCGGCAGCAGCAGGAGCCCAUUACACUGGGAUGUAUGCGGGGGCCCCAUGCUACUGGCAACCCUUGACACCUGGGGGAGCGCUGCAACGCCAGCAUAGCCUGCAGAGAGCGGACUGCGUUUACACAACCAUAAAUCCCGGUACUAGCCAACCACAGCAACAGCAGUUUCUCCAGGAGCUCCAGCAGUAUGCAGGCCAGAAAGGGCCGAACAUGCAUCAUAUGCAGCAGCCUCAGCCGCACGCCAGCAUGAACCCACCCCGCGGCCAUUCUCCGCGGGUAGCUGUUGGUGGAGAUAUCGGAGGAGCUUCCAAGUGA